AGUCUCAGUCUCUAAGUCUUCCUGAUUCUAUCUCCUGACUCUAUCCCUCUGAAAUUUGAAAUUUAUUCUGAACAUGCAUAUGAUGUAUUAUUGAUGAUUCUGCUGAAUUUUGAGAUAUGAAUGUUUUGAAUUUUUAUUUGAAUUCAGUCCGUUCAUAGUGAAUUAAUUCUGCUGAGAUUGAGUUAUAAAUUCAAUUUUUAAUUUAUUAAUUCUGCUGAGAUUGAUUUUUAAAUCCAAUCUAUUGUAUUUGUUUUGGUGAAUGGUUGUUUUGCUGUUAUUGAUUCAAAAUAAAAACAUUCCCACAAUUCUGCAUUGAAUUUACUAUAUGGCUUCAUAUGAUUUGGUUGAAUUAUGCUUAUGAUUCUUAGGUUGGAUACAUGUUUUGGAUGUUUUGGAUGUUUUGGAGAGUGACUUGAUUGACUUACAGAAAUUCACAUAUGGAGAGUUAAUUUUUUAAUAAUUUUAUUAUAUAUUUAAUUAAACCGGUUCAGUGCUUGUUUGGGCACUAUUAAACCGGUCCGGUUCUAGCAACCUUCGUUUUUUCCUAUCCUUUGCAUAAUUCUCGCUUUAUUUUUCCUUUGUCGUCGUCUUUAUAGUGAAAGACCCGCCACAAAAUUUUGACAUCGUUAAUAACCAAAACCAAUGAAUAGGUAUAAAAUGCCAGAUAAUGUGAUUAUGAAAAUAAGAAAAAUAAAAAAUCAAACUUAAACAUGUGAAAUAGAAAAUAUGGAAAUUCAACAAGUUGUAUAAAAUACCCAACGUGGAAAAUAUAAACUUUGUUUGAGUUAUGUGGCUGCACUUCCAACCUUAUAUUAUGUUUUAUGCCUUUUUUAACUUAAUAUUACCUAAUUUUAAUUUGGUUUGUCCCCCACCAUGCUCAUUUUGUUAGACCCCGCUGCAAUUCUCAAAGUUUGCCGUAAAAAUUUGCAUAGUUUCCAAUUUCCAUGAUGUUUUAUGAAAUUUACUGUAGUUUAGAAUAUAUUUUUUAGCAAAUCUCAUUUAGAUUGUCGAUUUUUCUUUUAAAAAAGAGAUUAAAUGUAACUCUUGGAUAUUUGAUUGUGCAAUCUGCUUCAGUAUAGGGAUGCCGGAGGGUAAACUGCUGGUUGGACUUUCAUGGCAACCACAGCUGUUGAUUCCAUCAUCAUCAAAAGCCACAGAUGCUUGUCAUAACAAACCUCAAAGUGAGACAUCUAAUAGUAGUCUUUGGAAACCCAAUACAGAGCUUGUUGAUGGCCUUUUUGUUCCUCCUAAUGAUCCUAGAAAGUUAAACAAAUUACUGAGAAAACAAGCUAAAGAUACUGCCGGAAAAGAUUGGUUUGACAUGCCUGCUCAAACCAUCACUCCUGAGUUGCAGACAGAUCUAAAGUUGUUGAAGUUGAGGUCUGCGUUAGAUCCAAAACGGCAUUAUAAGAAGGGUGAUUCUAACUCAAAGGCACUUCCCAAGUAUUUCCAGGUGGGAACAGUUGUAGAAGAUGCAUCAGAAUUCUACUCGGAAAGAUUAACAAAGAAGGAGAGGAAAGCAACCAUUGCAGAUGAGUUGCUUUCUGAUCAAAAGCUUGCGGCAUAUAGGAAGCGAAAGGUACGUGAAAUUGAAGAACAAAAUCGAACUGUGGGGAAUAAUACCAAGUGGAAGAUUAGGGGUCAGAAUUCCUGGAAGCGAGCAAAGGAAAGGAGGGUUUAUUGAAUUUCAAUCACUUUGGAAAAUUCAUAGAUGCUAUUUUGCCUUUUUUUCGGGGUGGGUUUUUUUUUUUUUUUUUUUUGGGGGGGGGGGGGGGUUUGAUUACGCUAGUUCUUGUCCGUUGCCAUAGUCGAUAAUGCUCUGUUACAGUUUUAAGUUAUUGAGGGAAUUACAGCAUUUGUGUGUCAAUGCUCGUGUUUAAAAUGUUUGGUAAUUACUAGAAUUUCUUUGAUGAGACUUUGUAAAUUAUAAAUUGUUGUCAAGAGUAAAAUUUUGAAUGAAGAGACGUAUAACAUUUUGAUGCAAAAUCAAUAAUAAAGGUAGAAGUGAUAUUGAUGAGAAUG